AUGUCCAAGAGCGAAUUAAGAGCGGUAGACAAUACAGCCAAGAAAUCAAGAAGAAAAAAGAAAAGAAGAACGUUAGAUGUAUCAGAUUCUUCCUCUUCUGAAUCAGAUUCGGAAAUAGAAACGAAACCGGAUCAGAGACAAGAGGCUAUUGAAGUAGAUAAUGACAUUGAACUCACUGACGAUGAAUCCAAUAAUUUUACUGAAAAAGGCCCCGACAAAAUCUCCGGUGCAGAACAGUGGAAAGACGAAACACGAGAUGAAUUGAAUUCAAUACCGUUUACCAAGACAGAUUUGACAAACAAAAAUGAUUUCAAUCAGAAGAGUAACAGCAAUGAAAACGGUGUUCAAGACUCUUUGGACCUGAAAAAAGUGAGAGAAACCAUUGAAGAAGACCAAAAAAAAAUGAAAAAGAUUGGCGAAGCAAACUUAAAAAAUGAUUACUUAGGAUUGAUUUUUGAAAACUACGGUGAAGAUAUCAAUUCAUUAAGGGAAGCGCCAGACUUUACAAAUAAAUCACUAGUAAUACUAGCGAAUGUAUUGAAAGAGGGUUCGGCAAUGUUCGAUGUUGAGACCUUGAAAACUAUGCUAGAUACAAAAUGA